UCAACUUCACCAAUGCACACAAUUCAAUUUCAAUUUUAAUUCUAAAACUCUUUCUAUCUGCUCCCGAGUCCUACGCCUCACCUCACCUCACCAUGUGCACGUUAGAGAAGCGCGGCAACCUCUUCCUCCUAACCCUAACCGGCGACAACGAGCACAGAUUCAACCCCGACACAAUCGCCACGAUCAUCUCCCUCCUCGGCCAAGCCAAAUCCCAAGCCAACCGCGGAUCCGUACUCAUCACCACGGCCCACGGAAAGUUCUUCUCCAACGGGUUCGAUCUCGCGUGGGCCCAAUCCUCCGGAUCCUUAACCGGCGCCGCGGAGCGGCUCCACCAGAUGGUCGAAUCGUUCAAACCGGUGGUCGCGGCCCUCCUCGACCUCCCUAUGCCGACGAUCGCCGCCUUGAACGGCCACGCCGCCGCCGCGGGGCUGAUGCUGGCGCUGAGCCACGACUAUAUCUACAUGAGGAGAGACCGCGGGGUCCUGUACAUGAGCGAGGUGGACAUCGGGCUCUCGAUGCCCGACUACUUCGCGGCGAUGGUGAGGUGUAAGAUCGGGACGAGCGCGGCGAGGCGGGAGGUGUUGUUGAGCGGGAAGAAGAUUAGGGGAGAGGAGGCGGUGGGUUUUGGGAUCGUUGACUCGGCUGCGCAUGAUAGCGCGGAAGGGGUUGUGGAGGCUACUGUGGGCCUUGCGGAGAAGCUUUCGGCUAAGAAGUGGAAAGGUGAUGUGUAUGCGUCGAUCAGGAAGAGUUUGUAUCCGGAGCUUUGUGAGAUUCUUGGUUUAAAGGCGACCGUCUUUGCUACACCCAAGCUCUAAAUACUCUUUUGAGUGCGAUUGUUUUUUUUUUGUUUUAAAUCAAAACCAGUUUCUUUAUGGGGGCAAAACACAUGAUUAAGUUAUAAUGAUGAUCACAGAGACGAGAAAAAUGUUCAGUCUUUUGUCUGUUAUAAUAAAUGAGCCGUGUUGUGUCGGACAA